UCUGACGAGCCCGACGGUCUCAGGAAGCAGCGGAGCUUAUUUCAUAUUUUGUAGCCAUAAAGGACCGAAGGGAACAGUGUGUUUUUGGGGGGUCGGUUGCCACAUGUACAGACAGUAAAAUAUUUUCAAAUUAUUUCGGCGUGGGGUAUUUUUGCCGUCAGAGGUCUUUUGUUAUGAUUUGGGGUCAAUAGCGGUGAUGUUUACUGUGCAGCCUCUAAGGUUCCUCUAAGGGGUAGCCUAUAACCAGAGCCUCUAGCUUCCAACUGCCUAAAAAAUUAGGCAGAAACGAUAUAAGACAUUUCAUUUCUUCAUUUGGGUCGUGGCCUGGCGGCACGCCAAUAAUUGACUCUGGAGCAGGACACGGAGGAUAGUAUGGCCAUGACGGGAGGGACUGCAGCUGCCCUUCCCAUGAGCAACCACACCCGAGAGAGGGUGACAGUGGCCAAGCUGACACUGGAAAAUUUCUACAGCACUCUGCUCACCCAGCACGAAGAGCGUGAGAUGAGGCAGAAAAAACUGGAGAAGGCCAUGGAAGAGGAAGGUUUACCAGAUGAGGAGAAAGUAAUGCGGCGCUCUCAGCAUGCCCGAAAGGAGACAGAGUUUUUACGACUGAAGAGGACACGACUCGGUUUGGAUGACUUUGAGUCCCUAAAGGUCAUUGGACGAGGUGCUUUUGGAGAGGUGCGUUUGGUACAGAAGAAAGACACAGGCCACAUUUAUGCCAUGAAGAUUUUGAGGAAAGCAGACAUGCUGGAGAAAGAACAGGUCGCUCACAUCCGGGCAGAGAGGGAUAUUCUGGUUGAGGCAGAUGGUGCCUGGGUGGUCAAGAUGUUCUACAGCUUCCAGGACAAGAGAAACCUCUACCUCAUUAUGGAGUUCCUGCCUGGAGGUGACAUGAUGACACUGCUGAUGAAGAAGGACACUCUCUCUGAAGAGGCCACUCAGUUCUACAUCGCAGAGACAGUACUGGCCAUUGACUCCAUCCACCAGCUGGGAUUCAUCCACAGAGACAUCAAACCGGACAACCUGCUGCUGGACUCCAGAGGACAUGUGAAACUGUCAGAUUUUGGCCUGUGUACUGGGCUGAAGAAAGCUCAUCGCACAGAAUUUUACAGGAACCUGACGCACAACCCGCCCAGUGAUUUCUCCUUUCAAAAUAUGAACUCCAAGAGGAAAGCAGAGACCUGGAAGAAGAACCGGAGACAGCUGGCUUAUUCCACUGUGGGAACGCCAGACUACAUCGCUCCUGAAGUGUUCAUGCAGACGGGGUACAACAAACUGUGCGACUGGUGGUCUCUGGGUGUGAUCAUGUAUGAGAUGCUCAUCGGUUAUCCGCCCUUCUGCUCAGAGACACCACAGGAGACGUACAGGAAGGUUAUGAACUGGAAGGAAACACUUGUCUUCCCACCUGAAGUUCCCAUCUCAGAGAGAGCCAAAGACUUGAUAUUAAGGUUUUGCACAGAUGCAGAGAACCGGAUCGGAGCUGUGAGCGUGGACGAGAUCAAGAGCCACCAGUUUUUUGAGUCGGUGGAUUGGGAGCACAUCAGGGAGCGGCCAGCCGCCAUCUCCAUAGAAAUCAAAAGUAUUGACGACACCUCUAACUUUGAUGACUUCCCUGAAUCGGACAUCCUUCAGCCAGCUAACGCAACGGAGCCAGACUUCAAAUCAAAGGACUGGGUGUUCCUCAACUACACCUACAAACGCUUUGAGGGCCUGACUCAGCGAGGGACCAUCCCCACAUACAUGAAGGCAGGGAAGGCUUGACACACUCAAACGGGUGGACGGUGUGGUGGAGAAAAAUAGACGUUUACGGACACAGGGUCGGGCCCCGGAGCCCCGCUGGUGCUGAAGGCUGCGCUGUCAGCCUCUCAGUCUAAAUUUAACCUUCAUCAUAAGUUAUUUAGGUCUGCUCAGCCGCGGCAAGAAAGCCAAGAACUCGGAAAUUAAAGAGCAUUACCGCAUUACCUCGGUUGUUGAUAUUGUAUACACGUGCCGUCUUUAGCCAUAGCACUCAGGCCAGCUCACUAACUAGGACACUAAAUCAGCAUAUCUGCAUGUUCAGCGGCAUACUGCUUCUGGAGAAGUUGUUUUUUUUUUUAAUUUUAUAUAUAUACAUACAUACAUACAUACACGAGAACAAGGCUUGAAUUCAAAUGACUGCUCAAACUUUUUAACAUAAGUUUUUACACUGGUGGCUAGUCAGAUGCAAACUGCAUUUCUGAUAUUGAAAAUGAGCUCUAUACACUGUAGUCAAACUCUGGAUGAUUGGUAAAAUCAGGAACCCCUCACUUAUUGUAUCCAAUACUCUGUUAUCAAGUUCCAGCAUGAUUUCCAGUGUUUUUUUUUGCUGACUUUCCAAAGUGUAAUUAAGAGUUAACCCCAACUGAAGAAUAUAGGAGCCAACUGUCUAGUGGUCAAACAAAAAAAAAGUUUUUUUUAGAACUAAAAUAUUAGCUCACAAAGUUGUAAUGGAUCCCAAUUAAAGGUCAGUUGGUAUCAAAACUGUAAAACGGCUUAGGUUAACAGCACAAGCUAUGUGUUUGGAUAGUUGUAGUUUGGAUAAUGCUAGCUAAACGGUGCUGCUGGCUCAAGGUAUAGUUGGUCCAACAAUGAUUGGACAGGUGUAACAUCGUCUAGUGUCAUCAUCGGGUCAAAGUUUAUGCGACAGAGGCCUCUAAAGUUAGCGAUAGCUGCAGCAUUCUCACAGUCUCAGCUUUGCUGUCUUAUGCUAAUUAGCAAAUGUUAGCAUGCUAAUACACUAAACCACUGUGGUGAACACGUUAAACAUUUUAGCAUUGCCACUCUGAUGUUAGCAUGUAACACCACUGUAGAGCAUUCUUUACACUUAAAGUGUAACAAAAAAAUUCUCUCUAUAUAUAAAAAGUGACUUUGCAUUCACAAUCUAGCUAUUAGCAUUUAGCUGUUAGCCUGGUUCAAAAUCAGUAGCAUCAAAAGGAUAGAAAAUCUAAAAGAAAUGAGCAAAAAACUCAAAUCAUGCUGGAACCAUCCUCUAACCCUCGUGCUAGUGAAACCGUGUGAGUUUGUGGCAGCUUAGCGAGGGGAACCCAGCCUGCAGCGUUGUCUCAGCACAGUUGCUUUUCUCGCAUAAGAACAGCUUGUUGCCAGGAAACAAUGAAAUGCAGUUUACCCUGUGCUGGACAUCAGUUUCUGCAGCGUGUUGCCCUAUUUGCAUUGCCAAACAAACUGCUGAGCGUGCCCCUUCUGAUCUGAGUUUUGGUCAGAUCAGUGCUAAAGUACUUGUUAUUUCCUCUGAUUUAUUUGAAAUUCUGAUCAGUGCACGGGCCAAUCGCUUCUUUUUUUUCUUAGGUCGACAAAACAUGCAAAGUGCCUUUUCAUAGAGCUGAUAAAUAUUUAACCAGAUAUAUAGGUGAGACCAAUAAGACGGCAUUCAUUAUAACCAACUGUUUUGACUCAAAGUGGAAAGGAGUAAGCGAAAGCACUGAUGUUUCGAUUUGAUGUGUCUGCAGAGUGAUAAGGCAUAUCUGUGGUGAUAAAGCAGUAAGAAACAACAGGACUACAGAAAAGCAGGUGGCUUAUAGGUUAGGUAAUAAAUGGGAGACUCAUAAAAUAUGUGUCAAGGAAAACACAAUGAACAGUUUGUCUUUGUUUGACAAGUAAGGAUGAAAGUUGUAGAUUAACACAGUGGAUCUUUGUGUAUUCAAGUUCCUGCAUUUUUUUUUUUUAAAUGUCUAGAAAAGGAUACCUUUUACCAUGAACAGCAGAUCUGAGGCUGUUUUCUCACUUUCUCAACAAGACAUUUAAGCUUCAUGUGUGCUCAGAGUUGGGACAAGGCACAGUGCUAAAAAAUGCUUACCAAAGAACUCUGACCCUCACAAAUUCACAUGUAGCUGUCGCUUGCUGCACUUAACUUAAAACUACCUGCCAAGAAGGGAAAAAAAGGGUUCCAGGAGAGCUAAACUUGGUUAUGGAAUAAAUUGCCAUUUCUAUUUGUACACAUGUGAGAAAAUGAAUGUGCGGGAGAUUGAUGUUUCUCAAUUAGGAUAUCUAUAGGUUCACCCGCAGGGAAGGGAAAUCUACUGAGGACUUUACCGCAGUUCAGCCGUAGCCAUCACAGGAAUGAAUCCUUUAUGAAACUGAAAGUGUUCCUUAUUUCUGAGGGAUGACGGAGACAGUGCAUCUACAACUGAUUGAUUUCAUUUAUAUUUUUCCCCUUCCCCUUCAAGCUAGUCCUGCUGAAAAUGUGAUGACACAUAUGAUGACUAAUGAAGGAUUUUGAGGGCAGAUGCGUGAAUAUUUUUUCUGUUAUUUAUUAUUUCCUUGUUUUUCAUUAAAAUGCUGAUGAAUUGGAUUCAUUGGGAAUGUUCAGUAUACUGAAAAAAGGAUUUUAUUUUUUUUUUUUUUUUUAAAUGUUGUUUGACCUCAAAUGUAAAGGGGUAUUAAACUUGAUGCCAGGAUAUACUGUAAACCUGACAUAUUCUAUAAUGCAACAUAUGAUGUGGUGUUUUUCUAUCUCCCAAAGCUUGUGUCUUCCAAACUCUGUACCGCCUGUUUUUAAAGUUCAUAGUCUGGUGACAUCACUGUGACAUCAUCAGAGUAAAGUUUUCAGACUUCUCCCUCUAGAAAAACACCAGACUACACUAUACUCCUGUCCAUAAAGGGAGGCUAAUACUCCCUAUGAAAAUUGGUGAUGCCCUUGAAACACAAGCCAAAACAAUCUGCAUCAUAUCACACAGUCAACCCUAUGGACUGUUUUUAAUUGACACGGAUGGGGCUAAGACCUGGGUACAACAGGUCAGGAGCAGGACCCAUACAUUAGAAGCGGAUUGUGUUUGCUGAUGGCUACCGCUGCACAUUCAAGGUUCUGUCUAAUCACUGGAAUGCUCUGACACAACCUGGGUAUCAGCGCCCGAGUGCUGUAUUCAGAGCUUCCUGUUUCACAGCCAAACAGUAGAGGUUGUUCAUGGUAAGCUAGUCUGUGAGUGUGUGUGCAACUGCACGAGUGAUUAAAAAUGCAGUUUUUGUUAAGUAGAUACUUUCUGGUGUUCAGUGUCCUAACUCUGUUUUGUGAUAGAUUUUUUUUUUCUUCAUGAAAACUGAGGGUAAAUCUUCUAUUGGUAUCCAUACAAUUCUUAUAUAUACAUACUGACUUGAAAUCCAUUACUGUGUCACUUUAUCUAAAGGGAAUAGAAUUAUUGUGGCUUUUUCACGAGGUUGAGUUCAUGAAAUGUUUCACUUUUAUCGUUCAUUAAGCCAGACAAUUUACUUCUGAUGGACCAAACCAGCCUAGACGACUCAGCCUUGGUGUCAGACACGUCAUUGUUGCCCAAUGUUUCAAGAAAUAUAUUUAACAUUGACUAAGAAAGCUUCCGAGUGAUUUGGCAAAUAAUUUGAAAUUUUCCCUUUGAUGAGGCAAAUUAAGGUUCUCAAACCACCCUCCACAGGCCAAUACUGUGUCGUGCGAUAUUUUGUGUAAUGAUGUGUACAUAUUGUUGUAGACACUUGAAGGCAACUGUGUGGAGUUGAAGAGGAAAUGCUCAUUAAUAUAUUCAUUCACAUCAUUGAGUUUUUAUGUUGAUAAAAUGCUUAAAAUAAUAAAAUUAAACACUUCAUGUC